AGUUGGUGAACUACCUCUAUUUGGUCAAGGACUAUGUUGUAAAAAAUCUUUCAAACUGUUAAUUUUCUGUGUUUCUUAGACCGUUCAAGAGUUCUGUUCGGUGUGUUUGGGGAAUGUGAGACCGACUCUCCCUGAGGACUGUGUGACCAGCCCGAGUUCGCCUGUUUCGGACAGCUGCAUAGCGGUUUUCUGAUCUCUGACUGGAGGUUUUACUGCAAACCAAGUUAGCUCAACAGCUAAUCCUAAAAGUCACGUCACCUGCGUGGACUCGAAUUAAAAGUUUCACCGUAGAGCCGGGACAGCCGGGUGAGUUUCAACUAUAUGAACGUACAAAACUUUAUCUUGAGUGUUUUUGCGCGGGGUUCGUAUUUUAUCUCGCUUUUACGCAGCCAUUAAAUUUGCGUUGGAGACAGCAGCAAGUGAAGCGUAGCUGCGAAUAAUAAAUGACGGUCUGACCCGCAGUCAGACUCGAAUAAGCUGUUUUUCAGAGGGAAAUGUGGUAGAGAGAGGACAGCUUCGGUGUUCAGCCCGCUGACUUGGCGGCUCUGGGUUUGCUGCUCGUGAGGCCUGCGGGUCGGGCUUCCACCGGGCUAGAGUAGAGCCCAACGCCGCCGUCGAAAGGUCGGAGGCCGGCAGUUGGUGCUGCCACCGCCGGCCUGGGCCUGCGGACCAAGGUAUGGAACGGAUGGAAGUGGACCAGUGCGCAGGCGCAGCUGGCGGGGCAGGAGGCGGGGCACUCCGUAGAUCGAACAGCGCCCCCAUGAUCACAAGUGUCAGUGAUGGGAUGACGGUUUUCAGUCCUGUGUCCUCGGCUCGAUACAGACGCAGCAGUGUGUCCAUCAACCCCAGCUGCCCUUCACAGCUCCUCCCUCUCUCACCUUUCUCCUUGACUGGAGACAGACUUGAUCAGAAGAGGCAGGAGGAGAAUAUGGAAAUGACGCUCAGAGGGAGUCUGCAGAGACUAAGUGCUUCCAGUCUGAUCCCAGUUCCUCCAGUCAGUCAGUGGCACGACCACGCAUCAGUGUGGUUCCAGUCACAGGACAGCGGCGUCACGCCCAACUCCUCCCCAAGUCCCACCAGGAGGUUCAGACCAGCAGUCAGUGCCACUGUGAGAUGGCCUGCGUUAACUCCGCUUAAGAGGAAAGGAGGGGUGGAGUCUGACGGACCCCCAAAGAAGCUUUUUGUUGCCGGGGUAACAGAUCCCGCCAACCGCAGUAGCUAUACAGUCAGUGUCUCUCAGUCGGCGGCAGACUCGCCCCCUGCUGGAGGCAUCAGUCCUCAGUCCAGUCCUCUGUCUCUCUCUCCUCCCCCCUCCUUCACCCCCUUCACCUCCCACCAGCACCCUGGACACUAAAAUGCACCUCAACCCCCUCUUCACCCGGAGUCAUGACCCUGUCACUGUGGGUGCAGACCAGCAGCUCCAGAGACAUAAAAAAAAAAGCCGGAGGAACAUCAACACUCAUCAUACCUUAUUUCUGUUCCAAUCACCUGCCAGUAUCACUGUAAAUCCCGCCUCCUCCUGCGACCACAUUGGAUAGACAGAAGAAUCACAGGAAAGAAAUGAAGGUCUAAGGGCUGAGAUGUAUCUGAACGUAAAAUUCUUCCGCCUGGUUUUCCGCUCUCAGAGUGUCUUUAUUUUCAUGGAAAGUAUCUACUUUGGAUCCCUCGAUAUAUAUAUAUUUUUUAAUUUUAGCCUGGAAGCUUCUGACAGAAUUUUUUCUUGAAAGUAUCUGAUAUUCUCUCCGACUGUUUCCAUUGGUUGGUUGUAUAUUUAACCAACUCAGCUUAUUGACUGCUCAUCACUCUUCAGUUCAUCCCUCAGAGAUUCCACCAUGUUGGAAUAUGCUUUGGCAGGACUUGCGUAUUUGCUGGCCCCCCUCAGAGGGGGCGAUGAGUUGGGAGUUCAUCCUAUAACUGAAGGUUCGUAGGAUGAAACCAAAUCCUCCCCCUCAAAUUAAAUGGUUUACAGAGGAUUCAUCAUCAGCAUCAUCGCUUUUGGGAAACUGAGGGCACACAGGUUGUGUCGUCAGACAUGAGGCUGGAAUUCAUCUGCGCGCAUAGAUGCCCGUCCAGCCUUACAGAAGAAGGUGCUAUGGGUAACUGUGGGUAGCUGAUGAGCCACAGGCACACCACCCACAUUUCAACGUGUCCUGUGGACCUGAACGUCAUACAAGCUGAGUGGCUGACCCGGAUUCAUACGGAGAGGAAUAAAAUGUAAUUGUUAUACAAGUUGUACUGAUACCGCGUAAAAGGAUCAAAGAAAGAAGCACACAAACGUCUCCGAACAACCCAUGUGCAGCCUGAAGUCUCGUUGCUUGGCAGCAUUUCUCUGACAACAUGGAAUGGGACAAACGUGUCCAGUGGCUUUGUCAGAUUUAUUCUGCACAUGUCCAAGGAGUCGGAGCCUAAAAUGGGAACAGCUCAUUUUGCUGCUUCUUGGAUGGAUAAAAUAUCGGGGCUGCCCAUUGGUGGAUGCAGCUCAAGUCCAAUCUGACCAGUCAUUGCUGUUUAUGAAGUUCCGGAUCUUCUCUGUUCAGUUAGUUGGAGGUUCAGAAGAAGUUCUAAUAAGGUCUUGAGUUGUAAUCAAGAUGUAGUCGCAGGAGACAACAAAAUGUUUACAGACUGCUGAUCAGAAUCGUCUCUCUAAAGGGGUCAAGGCACUUCAAGAACAUCUGGUUCCACCAUCAGUGAUCAAGUCAACACCUGGAGUUGUACUUGUUCAAAGAUUUAGAUUUAGUCAGACCUGGUCUUGAAGUUGAAGUUAUAAGUGUUCAUGAGUGAUGGAUCUGGAGAGUAAUGGAGUGGACUCUGCCAGCACUUAAUCAAAUCAGUGAACUGCCGUGAUGCAUUAUUGUGCAUCAUAUCAUUUCUGCCAUAUUGCAUUUAGAACAUCUCCCGAUGAUGCGGAAUUUGCAUCUUUAAUCAACAAAACAAAUGUUUAAAUUGACAAAAAAAAAACAGAAUAUCCAGUGAAAUACUUCAAAACCAAUCAUUGUCCAAACCCAAAAUCCAUAUGAAGGGGGUGUAGCUUUUUGAAAGGCCAAAACUGAGCUGCUGAGUAUUUGUUGUCAUGCAUUUUUGAGCCCAAACCACCUAAACCUGACAAACAUGAAAUUCAGCCACUGAGCAAAGUUUCUUUACUUCUAAUUUUUUUUUCGUUAAAACACAAAAAUCUUAGGUUUCAGUGACUGAAAAGUCACUGAAAGUUGUAGUUGUCUGUCAUGGCUGAGGCAUGCUGACCGAGGCCUUCUAGUCAGUUCAGAAAAAAAACAGACGUCAAUUAUUUGUCAACAGUUUGUUAACUUUGGGCGAUGGUUUCACUGUGGGAGGACGGUUUUCUCGCGGGGUGAGAGACUGGUUUUACAAACUGGCUCCCAAUCAGCAGAAGUGUAAAGAACUUGUGGUCUGCAGCACCAUGUCUGUUUGUUAAUAGUGUAUCUAUAUGUGAAUAUUGAGUCAGAGCAACUGAUGUGUGCUCAGUUUUCCUCAGCCUGCAGUGUUUGAUUGUAUAUAUUGGGUCUGCAGGAAGUGACCGCACUCUUCCCUCCUAAAAGUGCAUUUAUGCUUUUUACUUUUUCAUUUCCCAGUUACUUUUCUCCGUGACUGACUUCAGCCUAUUCUACUUGAAAUCAGCCACAUUGUUGUUCAUGAACGUCAUCAGAUUGGUUAAAGACAGUUCAGUCAUCAAAGAAAUCCCUAUAAACCAUGAAGACUCCUGCUUUAUUACUUGCUGUAUCACAGAGCCAGUAAGUAAAUAUUCUUUUUUCCUCUGUCAUAUCUAUUGCACUUGUUUGAACAAGGUUUGUCAACCUUCUGUUUCUUCGUUUUUUUUUUUACCUGAGCUACAACAGGUGAUUUUUUAUUUUUAAGACCAGGACCAAUCUCAGUUUUUGUGUUGACAGCUCUGGAUUUUUUUUUUCAACUUCAACUUCAAAUACCCUUAAUUUAAUUCAAUUAUAAUCAAUGAAAUAAUUGUAAUGAUUCAAUACAAGUGCACAAAACUGACUUCCCUGAGUCAGGGUUGCACGUAGCCGCCUCACCACGGGGGUCAGAGGUGCCGAUGGUCGGUGGGGUGAGGCUUUCAGAAAUGAACUGCAGUUCUGCUUCCAACUUUUGCACUUGCACAGUAUUGUACAGUUUUGUAUUUUCAUUCAUCAUUGUGCCUAAACAUGUCGUCAUACUUUGGAGGAGCGACGGUCGGGAUGUUUAUCCUCACGUUUCGAUUUCAACAUCAGAUCUGAGAUUUCACUUCCCACACAGACAGGAAUCUCUUUUUUUAGAAAGACCUGGUCUUUUGUAAUCACCUGGCCUGUCACCUGUGAGAUAUGUUUGUACAUAGAGUCUCGAUAAGCUCCUUUUAUACAAGUGUCUUUAUGUGCGCCCCCCAAAACAAAAAACAGUGAUAUAUUUUCCGUUGUCAUGACUUUGCACAGUUCUAGUUAGACCUUUUUAAUCUGUUCCUCUGUUACAUGAUCAGUAACAUAUCAUCAAGUCAAACUUACUGUUAAGUUUUGCUGCUUUUUCUGUUUUUCCUGCUUUAUUUCUUGACUUGUUACCAUCUCUGUGAGUCUAUCCUGUUUAGGAAAAAAUGCACUUUAAGUUGAAUUCCAGACAAUUUUGGGUCAGUUGUUGUUUGGACCCCCUGCUCAGUUCCAUACAGGUGUGGUGAAAGUCUAGCUUUAAAACGGCCAAGAACAAUUUUAACCUUACUUCAUGUUCUAAAGGAGCCAAAGUUUUCAGAAAUUAAAAUGUCUUAAUACAAGCAUUAUGUAAAAUACAGUCUAAAACUGGCCAAAUUUAGAUGAAAUAAUAAGAAGAGUAUGAGUCUGACCAGAUAUUUUGGUACAUUUUCAAUAAUCAAUGUUACAGACACAUUUUAGUUGUUGCUAAGAAAGUCGUGAGGUUGGAUGUGCAGCUCCAAGCAAGUUCAGUGGCUGCAAAUUUCUGGAAAAACGAAAUAUGCAACUCAAAUUGUUUCUACGUGUUCUUCAUACGUAAAAAUCCAAUUUAAGGUUAUGGUUUAUAUUUGUUUUUGUAAGCCACAAACCAUGUAGAGAGAGAUUCAAUCCCACAUUUAAACGAGCUUUAAAACAUUUCAGAACAAUGCUUUUCUUAAUUACCAAUCAUUUACAGAGUUUGAAGCGGCGAGAAGCAGGAUAGACUUUUCUCAGAGGUAACAACACGCUGCCAAAUUCAUCUAGCUGUACAGACACAAACUGUAGCUUUAAAACAGUCUUCUGUUUGUUAUUUUUAACUUUGCACACUCAGCAUCCUGUAAAGUUCGUGAGUAUGGAGAGAGAAACAGUUUUCAUGUAGCUGGAUCAAAAUGUGAUGUUAUCGGCAAACAUCAACAGUUUGCACUCCGGUGCUUGUACGAAUUUCUGAUUCAAAGAAUGUUUUUAAGCCAAAAAGUGACAGUUUUGUGAGAAAAAUCUUAACAAUAGCUGUAAUACAAGAAGAACAGUAUUCAUUAGUAUGUUUUCAUCUCAUCCUCCUCACUGGAUUUCCCUCUCUUGGUUUUCAUGUCCAUUAAAUGAUGUUUAAAUUGUCUGAUUUGCAGAUGCCACUUUGCAUUGUUCCAACGGCUAAUUAUUCUGAAACCCAAAUAGUCAGAACAAUGUCCCGUUGGACAGACAGCCCACUUCUACAAUAGCCCGUUCUCCCAAAUAAUAUGGCCAUUGCCUCGAUGGCCCACUGCUCUGAAAAUACACACACUCUCCCCUGUCCAUUGUGCUGCGUCGGCAAGCUGUUUGCCCUUAAUAGACAACCGUUGUGGCUUUACGCUGAACGAUAAACCCUUACCCUAACCCGACACGGAGACAUUCAUGCCAUGGGCUUUUGUUUUUGGGUUAACUGGCUGUCGGAUAAAUAGGCCUUCUGGAGUGGGGCAUUUUUCAAACUAUUGGUUCAGAAUAAUGGGCCGUCGGAACAAUGGUGAGUCUCUGAUUCGCAGCUGUGUCGCAGGGCUCAAAUCAUUGUAAGUUCUUUGUUUUUAAUUAAGUGUACAUUUCCAGUGCGAUUGGAGAUUUUCCUCAUCUCACUGUUUUCUAUCAUCACUUUUAUUUUUCUUUUUAGUUUUUUAAAUUAGUAGUAGUAAAGUCUGCUCUUGCUGAUUUCUAUGUCUUUAAAUUGUAAACAGAAUAUCUCAAGACAUUUUAACACAUUAAGUUGGGCUUUGGACAACUGUGAUGCUCAUUUUAUAGACAAAUAUGAGGAUGAAUCAAACAUAAUGACUAGCUGCAGGUCUGAAUAGGAAAAAAUCUGAAAUGUUUUACACAUAUAUUUAUAUCUACCCAUCUGGCUCUUGUAACAAUAUGGCUUAUGCGCCAAGAACUAGUUUAAAGAUUGACUAAAAACCUCCAAUCACGCUGGACUUGUAUGGUUGUUAAUUUGAUCUUUUAAUUGAUCUGUGCCCUCGUGACUGUCUCUCUACCCUCAAAAUAUACUUUUCAGGUAUUUUUCAGCAUCCUGCUUCAUUUUUAGAUUCAUGCUCUUCACAAACGUGGAUUUGAGAUUAUAUAAAGCUUUCUGUUGUGGACAUUUAGUUUGUUUUAUUGUAAACUUUACCUUUUUUUCACAAUGCCAGUUACACCUUAAUUAGUUUUUGAAAAGGUUGCUGAAUUGAUGCUGAGGUGAGCAUGGGAGAGCAUCCCUUCUUUCUGUCUGUGCUUUUCUGUUUGUCGUCACUGAGACAGAAGGUUGAGCAUGUAGCGAUUAACCAGUCGACGUUUUUCAGUAUUAAAGAGAUAUUUCACUCUGGCAAAACGCUGUGAUUUCGCAGCAUGAGUACUAACACCCAAACUGACCCCUCCUGUGAUCUGUAGUUUAGUUCUGAACAGACUGAACAGGUUUUAGCUAUGGAAGCCCAGAGAGGACAAGGACAUAGAUUUUGACAUAAUAAUCUUAACUCAAGGUCCCGUUUGUUGGUAUUUCCAGUGCUUUUAACUGCAUAUUAAAGUUGUGAUCAGUGGUUGGAGUCAGUUGUCCUUCAGGUGUCACCUGUGACGGUGACAGGUGGUUAUAUAUUGGGGGAAGAUGCUAACCCUUUAUCUCUAAGUUAAGAAGUGGCCUUUCAGUUAAGAUUAUUUUGUUUAACUAUUGAUUUCAACUUGCAUGCUUGAAAACAUUUGAGUUGUUCAUGAUCUCCAUGUAAACAUUAGCUUUUCCACAAAAUAUUGAUUCAAUAUGACUUAAAAAAGAGGGGAAACGCGUUUUUGAUCAACUGUGUUUUUGUGUUCAGCGUUUUGAUGUCGGCUCAGACGUUUGUUACUCACAGAUAAAAAGGGAAAAAAAAAGAUUGUUGCCAUGAAAAUCUGAAACAGUUACGUUUUUUGUUUUUUUUGUUACCAUGAGAAAUAUACGCGCCCUCGGCUGCCUGUAGUUUAAACACAACUCAUAAGACUUAAACUUCACUUCAAAAUGUCUAAAAAGUCAACCAAAAAAGACAAAAAAGUUCUAGCUGUCCCGCAUUUUCAAUAUAAGCUAAGCUAACCAGCUAUCAGACUGGUGUCUUCUCAUCUUACCCUUUUCCUAGAGCGUCAAACUAUUUAUGUUUUCUGUGUUGGCUUCAUUUCCCUCGUUCAGGCUGUGAAAGUUUGAACACUUUAAGCACUUUAAACACAUUUGUGAAGCAAAAAACAGAAAUCCAGGUUUUUCUGUGGUUUCCUUCAAAAGCCUUUGAAACCGUUAUUAAACUUGCAUUAUGUAAUUUGACUUCGACCUGAUACGUUAAAACAAACCCGACACCAGCAGCAUUGUUUUCGGUCAAAAAUCUAAAAAGUGCUGAAAAAUGACAACGAUCUGCCAGAGUGAGAUACAACUUUAAAAAGGGCUGCUAGAGUUUUAGUGGAGAUGAUUAAAGGGAACUAAAAGCACAUCUAUAAUAACAUUCACAAAAGUAUUUUCAAACUGUACAUAGUUUUUCUUUCUUUUAUUUUGGACAAAUUCUCUACAUAAGACAAAUGAGAUGAUGUAUUUUUAUGCAACUGUAAAAUAAAAGUCUAUAUUCAAGUGUUCAUUCCCUCCCAAUGAUCUCAUGGCUGUAAAAAUAACGCAGAAUGACUUUUUAGUUUUUAGUGGAAACAAUUCAUCUACAAACUAUAAAUAUAUUGUAUAUGAAAACUAUCAAUAAAAGUAAAGUCUGUAUGGUA